GAUUAUUAAAUUAUUUAUUUCUUCAAAUAAAACAAUUCCAAUGACCGGAUGGACAAUUAUUUCCGUUUCUCUUUGCUUUCUUUCUAUUGUACCUCUCUUUGUAUUUGUUCUUUGUUGUUCAAAAAGGCGUAAAGGCCGUAUAAUAAAUAAAACAAAAACCAAAAAAGCAACAAAAGUGGCGGGUACAACUCCGAUCGAGAUAAAGGUUGACAGUCAAAUUAAUGUUGAUAUUUCGAAUAUUGAAAUACAACAAGACUUCUCUCAGCAAGAAUCUAGCGAACUUCCGGUAAUCGAGACUUCCUCAAAUCCUUCUGAAAAAAUAAUUGAUGAAACAAAAAGUCAACAUAAACAUCCAAUUCAACCUAGACAAACUUCUCGUUCUGUAAAACAGACUCAUACAAUGUAUAAUAUUGUUGAGGAAAAGGAAGAGGAAAGUAAUGAAGAGAAAAAAGAAAACAAAAAUGAAAGCAAGUCAUCAAAAGUUGAAAAUAAAGACAAAAUUAAAUCGUCUGAAAAUAAAGUCUUGAUUGAAAGUAGUAAUCGUCCUCUUCAAAUUCAAAAGAUUAAUGGAGAAGACAAACCAUCUGAAUCUUCUGAAACAGAGAAGGAAGAGAAUAAUAAUGAGGAAGAAAAUAAAGAAAAUAUAAACAACAAAAACGAACAAGAUUGGGGGGAUUCUGAUGAAGAUUUUGAUGCAAUUUAUGAUUUGGGGCAUGAUGCUCAUGGUGCAACUCCAAUACAAGAUGAACAUCACGGAAGUGUUUUGAUGCAUUUACUUUCUCAGGUCCGCAUUGGCAUGGAUCUGGGGAAAGUAACUCUUCCAACUUUUAUUCUUGAACGUCGUUCACUUUUGGAAAUGUAUGCAGACUUUUUUGCUCAUCCCGAUUGUUUUAUUGAAGCAACAAAAGAACCAAGUACACCAGAAUCUCGUUUCCUUUGUGUCUUAUUAAAUUACCUUACUUCUUUCUAUCCCGCUCGUAAAAGUGGUAAAGCCAAAAAACCUUAUAACCCCGUUCUUGGAGAAAUAUUUCGAUGUAGAUGGACAAUUCCUGGUACACAACCUUGCAAACAAAAAACAAAAAAUGGCCCAUUCCCCGGAUCAGCAACAAAUCAAGUUACAUUUAUAGCUGAACAAGUAAGUCAUCAUCCCCCAAUCACUGCUUUUUAUGCUGAACAUCCCAAGUCUGAUAUUUCCUUCAAUGCUUAUAUUUAUACAAAAUCGGUUUAUCUUGGACUCUCAAUUGCACUUCAUAAUAUUGGCCAAGGAGUUUUAACUUUACAUCGCUAUGAGGAAAAUUAUUCUAUAACAUUUCCAAGUGCUUAUGGCCGUGCAGUUAUGUCUUCUGCUCCUUGGUUUGAACUUGAAGGAAAAGUAAAAAUUCAUUGUGAAGAAACUCAAUAUAGAGCAGAGAUUGAAUUUCAUGGAAAACCUUUAUUAUUUGGAAAGCCACAUCAAAUAAGUGGAAGUAUUUACCAUGGAAAUAAUUCUAAGAAACCAAUUAUGUAUUUAAAAGGAGAAUGGAAUGGGCAAAUAUUUAUUCGUGAAGGAAAUCGUGGAAAAGAUAGACUUUUUGUGGAUACACGUGCUAAACCAGAUGUUGUAAAAGAAUGUGUGCCUGUAAUGCAACAAGAGGAAAAGGAAAGUCGACGCUUGUGGAGGCAUGUCACUGCAGCACUUUUUCAUAACAAUUUGGAAGUUGCAACAGAAGCAAAACAUUUAGUUGAACAACAACAACGCGAUGAACGUACUCAACGCGAAAAGAAGAAAAUUGCUUGGCAGACCCGUUAUUUUGAAAAAGGAUCUGAUGAAUAUAGUUGGGAUUAUAAAGAACAAUUAAAUCAAAGAGAUACACAAUAG